ACCGAAAGCCCGGCGCCCGUUUCGCGACUGAAUCCGCUCGCAAACGUCUGUGUCUGAUCCGCCGAAUGGGGCCCCAAACCUGAACCGCCCAUUAAUCCGUGAAAUUUUUUUGUUGUGGUGAUCGCAACCCCCCCCGAAGGGUUUUAGUGAGUGCGCGCCCGCCACUGGAUCUGCAACGCAUCGCUGCGGCCCGACGUGGUGAGUGAUGGAUAACGCCCAUGAGAAGACCGUGGAUGAGGUGCUGAAGUACUUCAGCGCCGACCAGGACAAAGGCCUGUCCCCCGACCAGGUCAAGCGCAACCAGGAGAAGUACGGCCCCAAUGAAUUGCCGGCCGAGGAAGGCAAAUCGAUAUGGCAGCUGGUUCUCGAGCAAUUCGACGAUCUGCUCGUCAAAAUCCUGCUGUUGGCCGCCAUCAUUUCCUUUGUGUUGGCGCUGUUCGAAGAGCACGAUGGCGCAUUCACGGCGUUCGUCGAGCCGUUCGUCAUUCUGCUGAUCCUGAUCGCGAACGCCGUGGUGGGCGUGUGGCAGGAGCGCAACGCCGAAUCGGCCAUCGAGGCGCUGAAGGAGUACGAGCCGGAAAUGGGCAAAGUGAUCCGAGGCGACAAAACGGGCGUGCAGAAGAUCCGGGCGCGCGAGAUCGUCCCGGGCGACAUCGUCGAGGUGUCGGUGGGCGACAAAAUCCCCGCUGACAUCCGCAUCGUCAAGAUCUUCUCCACCACGCUGCGCAUCGACCAGUCGAUCCUCACCGGCGAGUCGGUGUCCGUCAUCAAGCACACCGAUCCGGUGCCGGACCCGCGCGCCGUCAACCAGGACAAGAAGAACAUCCUCUUCUCCGGCACCAACGUGGCGGCGGGCAAAGCGCGCGGCAUCGUCAUCGGCACCGGAUUGGCCACCGCCAUCGGCAAGAUCCGCACCGAAAUGUCCGAAACCGAGGAGAUCAAGACGCCGCUGCAACAGAAGCUCGACGAAUUCGGCGAGCAACUGUCAAAAGUCAUUUCCGUCAUCUGCGUGGCCGUCUGGGCCAUCAACAUCGGCCACUUCAACGACCCCGCCCACGGCGGCUCCUGGAUCAAGGGGGCCGUCUACUACUUCAAGAUCGCGGUGGCGCUGGCCGUCGCCGCCAUCCCUGAAGGCCUGCCAGCUGUCAUCACCACCUGUCUGGCGCUGGGCACGCGCCGCAUGGCCAAGAAGAACGCCAUCGUGCGGUCGCUGCCCUCAGUCGAGACGCUCGGCUGCACAUCGGUGAUCUGCUCGGACAAGACCGGCACCCUCACCACCAAUCAAAUGUCCGUCUCGCGCAUGUUCAUCUUCGACAAGGCGGAGGGCAGCGACACCUCGAUCCACGAGUUCGAGAUCACCGGCUCCACCUAUGAGCCGAUCGGCGAAGUCUUCCUCAAGGGCCAAAAGGUGCAGUGCUCGAAGUUCGACGGGCUGCACGAGCUGGGCACCAUCUGCAUCAUGUGCAACGACUCCUCGAUCGACUUCAACGAGUUCAAGCAGUGCUUCGAGAAGGUGGGCGAGGCCACCGAGACCGCGCUCAUCGUACUGGCCGAGAAGAUGAACCCGUUCAACGUUGCCAAGUCGGGCGAUCGCCGCCAAACCGCCAUCUGCGUGCGCCAAGACAUCGAGAGCCAAUGGAAGAAGGAGUUCACGCUGGAGUUUUCGCGCGACCGCAAGUCGAUGUCGUCGUACUGCGUGCCGCUGAAGCCGACGCGCCUCGGCACCAGCCCGAAACUGUUCGUCAAGGGGGCGCCAGAGGGCGUGCUCGACCGUUGCACGCAUGUGCGCGUCGGCCAGCAGAAGGUGCCGCUCACCAGCGCCAUCAAGAGCCGCAUCCUGGAGGUGACGCGCGGCUACGGCUGUGGGCGUGACACGCUCCGCUGCCUCGCCCUCGCCACCGCUGACGCGCCCGUCAAGCCCGAGGAGAUGGACUUGGGCGACUCGACCAAAUUCUACACCUACGAGGUGAAUCUCACGUUUGUGGGCGUGGUCGGCAUGCUGGACCCGCCCCGCAAGGAGGUGCAGGACUCGAUCGUGAGAUGUCGCGCCGCCGGCAUCCGCGUCAUUGUCAUCACCGGCGACAACAAGGCGACCGCUGAGGCCAUCUGUCGGCGCAUCGGCGUCUUCACCGAGGACGAGGACACCACCGGCAAGUCCUACUCGGGCAGGGAGUUUGACGAUCUGUCMCCGGCCGAGCAGAAGGCGGCGUGCGCACGCGCGCGUCUCUUUUCCCGCGUUGAGCCUGCGCACAAGUCCAAGAUCGUCGAGUAUCUGCAGAGCAUGAACGAAAUUUCCGCUAUGACGGGCGACGGCGUCAACGACGCCCCAGCGCUGAAAAAGGCGGAAAUCGGCAUCGCCAUGGGCUCGGGCACGGCGGUGGCGAAAUCGGCCGCCGAAAUGGUCCUGGCCGACGACAAUUUCUCCUCGAUCGUGUCCGCCGUGGAGGAGGGCCGCGCCAUCUACAACAACAUGAAGCAGUUCAUCCGCUACCUGAUCUCCUCCAACAUUGGCGAGGUCGUCUCGAUCUUCCUCACCGCCGCCCUCGGCCUGCCCGAGGCCCUCAUCCCGGUGCAGCUCCUCUGGGUCAACCUGGUGACUGACGGUCUGCCCGCCACCGCCCUCGGCUUCAAUCCGCCCGACCUCGACAUCAUGGACAAGCCGCCCCGCAAGGCCGACGAGUCGCUCAUCUCCGGCUGGCUCUUCUUCCGCUACCUGGCCAUCGGCGGCUACGUGGGCGCCGCCACCGUGGGCGCGGCCGCCUGGUGGUUCAUGGCCUCGCCCGAAGGCCCCCAGAUGAGCUACUAUCAGCUGACGCAUCACUUGCAAUGCAUUGCCGGCGGGCCCGAGUUCAAGGGCAUCGACUGCAAGGUCUUCACCGACCCCCACCCCAUGACCAUGGCCCUCUCCGUCCUGGUCACCAUCGAGAUGCUGAACGCCAUGAACAGUCUGUCGGAGAACCAGUCGCUGGUGGCGAUGCCGCCCUGGUGCAACCUGUGGCUCAUCGGCUCGAUGGCGCUCUCCUUCACCCUCCACUUUGUCAUUCUCUACGUGGACGUGCUUUCGGUGGUGUUCCAAGUGUGCCCCCUGACGGUGGCGGAGUGGCUCACCGUGAUGAAGUUCUCCAUUCCGGUGAUUCUGCUCGACGAGACGCUGAAGUUUAUCGCCCGAAAGAUCACUGACGUGGGCGACGUUGUUAUUGACAGGUGGUAAGACUGUGCGGCGGCUCUGCGCUUGCUCGCUCGACCUUAACCUCUCUAUUGCGACGAAUCGACGCUUCUCUCUCUCUCUCUCGCUUUCUAUCUCUGUCCUGUAGCUUGGUAGUGGUAGUUUAGACAGAAAUGCGCUUCUUUACCCCCCCAACCCCCAUUCCUGCCACUGACGUCCAUUUGGAGGACUGUGAUUGGGGCGUUCGAGCCACCCCCACUCCAGCGCGACUCAUCAGCCCCCACACUUUGACGUAGUCAAGAACACUGUACAUAUAUUAAGUUUUCAAGUGAUUAUUGUUAUUUAUCGUUAUCGUUUUAGUGUUAGGCGCGAGGCCAGGCGCAAACCGCCCCCGCGUUGUUGCCGAUUGCGGCUAAAUCGCAGCCGCUGCGCCGCCAUCUGGCGGUGCAGCGUUUCACUAGCGCUGCCACUCAAAACAAAACCUAGUUCGUCGAGUUGCCGCUGGUUUGCGCCGGUCUCGGCAAUGUUGCCGGACAGCGCGCGCGCGUUUGCGCGUGUCUGUCCCCCAUCACGUGUGUGUGACGUUCCAGCUGUCGUUUUGUAAGCAAAACAGUUCGAUUUAUGUAAAUAAAUAAAUAAAUAAAUAAAUAAAUAAAAAGUGGCAGCACUGCCAGGCUGUCUCAGGUUCCA